AUGAACGGCUCUGUACCUUCUUCAGUCCAAUCUUCAAACAGUAUAUCCAAAGUGGACCGUAGACGUCGAGAUAACAUCAAUGACAGAAUUCAACAGUUGCUUACGAUGAUUCCACAGGAAUUCUUUCAAGAGUACAACAGAAGCAACAACGACUCUGAAACUUCUCUAUUGGACACACCUGUCAGUGGCACCCCCAAGGAAAGUUCUAUCGCAAAGGCAAAGAGUACUGGUACCAAAGAUGGUAAACCCAACAAAGGACAGAUUCUUACACAGACUGUGGAAUACAUCAAUGCACUACAAAACCAGGUGGAUUCAAAUAAUAGAGAGGAAGCUGAAUUAAUCUUCAAAGUUCAAGAGCUCAGCAAGAAAACUGGUACCAUUAUUAACGAUGUCAACUUAGAGAACACAAGUGCAGAAGUUGCACUGUCAAAGAUAGGUGUUGGCCCAUUAGCAGGUAAUACCGAUGAACCUCUACAGUCGGUUUCGCCCCAGCUACAAGCAUCUUCAGUAGCAGCAUCAACCGUACCCGGGUCAAUACCCGCUCCUCAAAACUCUUCCAGAAGCACAAAAAGAACUAGUGGUUUUGAAUACGGCGGAUACACUGAAUACAGUUAG